ACACUGGAAACCAUGAACGACACAGUGAUGAAGGGCUUCAACGGGUCUGAGAGGUGCCCCAGGGACAUGCAGGCAGCACACCUGGUGUUCCCAGCCAUCUACACUGUCGUUUUCUUCAUGGGCAUCCUGCUGAACACUUUGGCCCUGUGGGUGUUCAUUCACAUCCCCAGCUCCUCCACUUUCAUUGUCUACCUCAAAAAUACUUUGGUGGCCGACUUGAUAAUGACGCUCAUGCUUCCGUUUAAAAUCCUCUCAGACGCGCGCCUCGGACCCUGGCAGCUCAGAGCCUUUGUGUGUCGUUUCUCUGCCGUCGUCUUUUAUGAGACCAUGUAUGUGGGCAUCACACUGCUUGGGCUCAUAGCCUUUGACAGGUUCCUCAAGAUCAUCAGACCUUUUGGAAAAUUUUUCGUACAAAAACCUGCUUUUGCAAAAGUGGUCUCAACCCUCAUCUGGCUCUUUUUGUUCUUCCUCUCCCUGCCAAAUAUGAUCUUAAGCAACAAGGAAGCAACACUGUCAUCUGUGAAAAAGUGUGCCUCCUUAAAGGGUCCUCUUGGGCUGAAAUGGCAUGAAGUGGUGAAUUACAUUUCCCAGUUCAUUUUCUGGACUGUUUUUGUCCUAAUGCUUCUAUUCUAUAUGGUGAUUGCAAAAAAGGUAUACAAUUCUUAUAGGAAGUCCAAGAGUAAGGGCAGCAAAAACAGCAAAAGGCUAGAAGGUAAAGUAUUUGUUGUCGUGGCUGUCUUCUUUGUGUGUUUUGCUCCAUUUCAUUUCGCCAGAGUCCCAUAUACUCACAGUCAAACCAACAGUAAGACUGACUGUCGAUUGCAAAAUCAACUGUUUCUAGCUAAAGAAACAACCCUUUUUUUGGCAGCAACUAACAUUUGCAUGGAUCCCUUAAUAUAUAUAUUCUUAUGUAAAAAAUUCACAGAGAGGCUACCAUGUAUGAAAGGGAGAAAGAUUGCAGCAUCCACCCAGGAAAAUCAUACGAGUCAGUCAGACAAUAUAACCCUAAGCUGA